AUGGUGGCUCGUCUGUUCCGAAACAAGGAGAAAUGGGGAUCGUUCGGGGCAGCUGCUUUUUCUCCCCCACAGGUGCCUUUGCUGAUGGACUUCUCUCCGGAGGGGAUGAUGGCAAACGAUGCCGGGGACGAUGCGGCCGACCUGGAGGCAGAGCUGCUGGCUAUUGUGGGAGGCCAGCCUGAUCCGAAAGAAAAACCCAAGGGGAAAACACCUUUGCCGAUGGAAGCGAUCGAGAGAAUGGCUGCUCUCUGCAUGAAGGACCUGGACGAAGAGGAGGGAGGGGAUGAGGAAGAUCUGGAAGACGAAGAUGAUCUCAUGGCAGAGCUCCAGGAAGUACUCGGCGAAGGGGAAGAGAGAGCAGAUGCCCCCAUAACUACUGCAAAGGUGGGUGAAACGCCUCCCGAGUCCGGCAGCAUCGAGUCUACGCUGGCGGAGAGGGUGGACAUGUACCAAACGGCCAUCGCCAAUGCCAAGCAGGCUGGAGACAGCUCCAAAGUGCGCCGCUACGAGAGAGGCCUCAAGACACUAGAGAACAUGCUGACCUCUGUGAGGAAGGGAAAAAAGAUCGACGAGGAGGAAAUCCCACCACCGGUGGCUCUGGGGAAGAGUGUGAGCUCCCAGCAGCCCUCUCCUUCUGCAGCGGUGUCACCCCUCCAUGGCUCUGUGCCCGCCUCAAGCCCUGGCUCACCCCCGCCUCCUGUGCAGCCGCCUGUUGUCUCUCCUCCCAAACCCCUGCCCACGUUGCAGCCGCCUCCUGUGCUCCCAAAGCCUCAGGUCUUGCCCAGCCCCGCUUUGCCCACCAGCUCUGCAGAGAAAAAAGCACUUUCUCCCUCACUGUCUCCACAUCCAGGUUCCGGCCGGGCCAGCACUGAGGCUCUGCUGCAAGGCCGGCAGCGGGAGUACAAGCUCGCAGCCCUGCACGCGAAACAGCAGGGAAACGUGGAGAUGGCCACGAAGUACUUCCGCGUCGCUAAGAGCUUUGACUCCCUGUUAGAAGCUUUGGGGAAGGGCCAGCCGGUGGAUCCGAGCAGCGUGCCCCCUCCUCCCGACCAGCUGUCUAAGGAGCUGCUGUCGCCCGGCCGGCAGCAAUCUGCUGCACCAACGCCAGCAGUCGUGCCCGAAGCGAAACCAGCCUCUCCUGCAGCAGACAUUCCUCCUCCCCCUCGGGACAUGCUGGAAGCUCUGCAGCAGAGAAUGGAGAGGUACAAAACGGCAGCGGCGCAGGCCAAGAGCAAAGGGGACGAUCGGAAGGCCAGAAUGCACGAGCGCAUUGUAAAGCAAUACCAAGAUGCCAUCCGGGCUCACAAAGCAGGGAAAACGGUGGAUUUCUCAGAGCUGCCCAUUCCGCCAGGCUUCCAGCCCAUCCAGGGUGUGGAGACACCAUCUGGAGACCAAAGCAUUGUGGGAGUGCUGGAGACAGCCAUGAAACUGGCCAACCAGGAGGUCCAAGAGAACGAGGAGGAAGCCGAGCCCGAGGAGACGAAGAAGCCUGCUCCCCGCCCUGCUCCGACGAAAACAGCCGUCUCCUCCCAGCCCAAGCAGCAGCCUCAGCAGCCCCCGCGAGCAUCCUCGACGGGCGCCCCCUCGGCAGCACAUUCUGCAGGAGUGGCCAAACCAGCCCCCAAAGCCACCACGAAAGCCCAGCAGCAGCUGGCCUUCCUGGAAGGCAGGAAAAAGCAACUGAUGCAGGCCGCGCUCCGAGCCAAGCAGAAGAACGACAUCGAGGGGGCAAAGCUGUUCCUUCGCCAGGCCAAAGGGCUCGACCCCAUGAUAGAGGCGUCGCAGAAUGGCCUUCCCGUGGAUAUAACCAAAGUCCCUGAAGCCCCGGUGAACAAGGAAGACUUUGUGCUGGUGCAGCGCCGGGGGGUUAACAUCUCCCCGGAGGCAGCUAGCCAGUACAUGGAGCUCAUGAAGCUGAUCAGGCAGCAGCACGAGAUGUGCAUGAGUUACUCCAAGCAGUUCACCCACCUGGGGAACAUCGCGGAGACGACCAAGUUCGAGAAGAUGGCUGAGGACUGCAAGCAGAACAUGGAGAUCUUGAAGCAGGCCCACGCCAGAGGCUUCCCUCUGCCCAAGUACCACUACGAGCAGAGGACCUUCAACAUCAUCAAAAUCUUUCCUGAACUGAACAGCAACGACAUGGUCCUGUCUAUAGUGAAGGGGAUCAAUCUCCCAGCUCCGCCAGGUGUGGCUCCCAACGACCUGGAUGCGUUUGUGCGCUUCGAGUUCCCGUAUCCCAACGCGGAGGAAGCUCAAAAGGACAAGACCAAUGUGAUCAAAAACACGGACUGUCCUGAAUUCAAGGAGCAGUUCAAGCUGUACAUUAACCGAGGCCACCGCGGGCUCAAGAGGGUCAUCCAGACCAAAGGCAUCAAGUUCGAAGUGGCGCACAAAGGGGGGCUGUUCAAGACAGAUCGCGUCAUCGGGACAGCCCAGCUGAAGCUCGAGGCCCUGGAGAAUACCUGCGAGGUCCGGGAGAUCGUUGAGCUGCUGGACGGCCGGCGCCCCACGGGGGGGAAGCUGGAGGUGAUCGUACGGAUAAGAGAGCCCCUG